UGGGUGAUGGAAGGGAAGGUUAGGGAAGAGUGAGCAAGGGAGUGGAGCUUUCGCUGCCCAUGCUCCGCAGGAGCGCGGCUCCCUCCUGCUGUCUUUCCCGCCCAGGUCGGGAGGCGGUGCAAGAGCCGCGCCUCGGGAAGUGCGGGGCCGAGAUGCGGAGUUGCGCUCAAGUUCGGGAGAGCGGCACUGGACAGCGAUGAGCGGCGAGCAGAGGGGCGCCAGCCGCCGAGGCAGCGCGGUGAACGGCGUCGAAGCCGGCGUCAGCCCGAGCGCCCGGCUGCCCUCGGUCUCCGCCGGCAGCUACUGGCAGGACCCGCUGGCCAUCGACAUCAGCCGCAGCGCCGUCCCGGCGCCCCGGGUCCGCAGCAGGGCUGUCCGGGCGGUCUACGUGUCCAGCGAGACGGGCGAUCCGCAGUCCGAGAGCAGCCUGUCCCUCAGGUGCCUCCGGGAAGCAUGCGAAGAUGCACACGCCGUGCUGGAGACCGUGUCCUUCGGCAGGCUGGUGAUGGGCGAGACUGGGAGCCUGGACCGCUUCUACACCGCAGAUGUGGCGGUGGUGGAGAUGACCGAUCCGUACUGCCACUCGUCAUUCUUCUAUCACCUUGGUGUGCGAGAGAGUUUCAGCAUGACCAACAACGUGAUCCUUUGCUGCGAUAGCAACCUGACAACGCUGCGGUCGCUGCAGGACAUCGUUUGCCAGAAAAAUAUGGGCUGCUGCGGGAACUACAUGUUUAUCCCCUACAUCGUGACGCCCACUGGGAAGCUCUUCUGCUGUGAAGCCAGCAUGAUAAAGGGUCUGACCGAGAUGUUACAGCCGCACUUUAAUCUUGAGACCCUGCUCGUGCCCUUGGUGGAUCGCCUGACCAAGCUGCUCGAGGAAACGCAGAUCAAUUCUUGCGAGUAUUUUCGGGAGACCAUUCGGAAUGACAUCCGCAAAGCGAGGGAGAUGCACAGCGGGCAGGAGCUUCGAAAGGCCCUUGCACAGAUACAACAGCGUCUGGACAGUGUCGAGCUGCUGAGCGCAGACAUAGUGGUGAACCUUCUGCUGUCGUACCGGGAUGUACAGGAUUUCGAUGCGACGAUCACGCUGGUGGAGACCCUGCAGAACCUGCCGACCUGUAAGGUGGCCGAGCUGCCCAACGUCAAGUUCCACUACUGCUUUGCACUGAACAGGAGGAACCAACCUGGAGACCGAGAGAAGGCCCUCUCUGUGAUCCUGCCAGUGAUGGAGACAGGAACGCAGCCCUCAUCUGAUCUUUACUGCCUCUGUGGACGCAUAUACAAAGACAUCUUCAUCAGUUCCGACUUCACAGACUGCGAGAGUCGAGACAAGUCGUGUUACUGGUAUCGGAUGGCUUUCGAGCACGAGCCUACUCUACAUUCGGGCAUUAAUGUUGCUGUGUUCCUCAUGGCAGCAGGGCACCGGUUUGAAACGUCAACGGAUCUCCAGAAAAUAGGAGUCAAACUGAGCAGCCUGCUGGGACGGAAGGGAAGCCUGGAGAAGAUACAGUUUUACUGGGAUGUGGGGUUUUACUUUGGGGCUUGCAUCUUGUUGAACGACCAAACCAAAAUCAUCCAGGCCUCAGAAAAGCUCUACAGACUGAAUGCGCCCGUCUGGUACCUGGCGUCGGCGAUGGAAACGUACCUCCUCUACCGGCGUUUCAAAACUGACAUCAGUGAGCAGCACAGUGACAAACAGGAGCUGGUAGACUUCUGGAUGGAAUUCCUGCUGUCAAUCUGCAGAAAUAAAGCACCCAUGGAUAAAUUCCUGGUUCUCAUCCUGGAACCGAGCAAGAUCUUCCAGCCUGCCCGUCUCCUCGUGAACACCAGUGACACAGACAAGGUUGUGAAGAUCUGUCACGUUUCACCCAGUGAGAAGAGCGGAAUCCACACGUGGACCUUUAGCGCCACAUCGAUCCGUGGAGUGAGUGUCUCAAAGUUCAACGAGCGUUGUUGCUUCCUGUAUGUGUUGCACAACUCUGACGAUUUUCAGCUGUACUUUCCAACAGAGCUGCAUUGCAAAAGGUUCUGCGAGUUGCUGAAUCCGUUCUCGGAUGAAAGCAAGCCGACCACAGAUGAUGGGAUGAGACCGACGGAGGAGCUUUUGGAGUACAGCUAUGAAUUUGCGGAGAAUGGAGAACGGCUGAUUCUCGGGAAGGGAACGUAUGGAGUGGUGUAUGCUGGCCGGGACCUCAGCAGACAAGUCCGCAUUGCAAUCAAAGAGAUUCCAGAAAGGGACAACAGAUACUCACAGCCUCUUCACGAAGAAAUCGCUCUCCACAAGCGGCUGAAACACCGGAAUAUUGUCCAGUACCUGGGGUCAGUUAGUCAGGAUGGCUUCAUCAAAAUCUUCAUGGAAGAGGUCCCAGGAGGAAGCCUCUCUGCUCUGCUGCACUCCAAGUGGGGUCCACUUAAAGACAACGAGGCCACGAUUGUUUUCUACACAAAGCAGAUUCUGGAAGGCUUGAAGUACCUGCAUGAGAAUCAGAUCGUGCACAGAGACAUUAAGGGGGAUAACGUACUAAUAAACACCUACAGUGGAGUGCUGAAGAUCUCAGACUUUGGGACGUCGAAGAGGCUCGCAGGAAUCAAUCCUUGCACGGAAACGUUCACAGGAACUCUCCAGUACAUGGCCCCUGAGAUCAUCGACAAGGGACCGCGAGGUUACGGCAAACCUGCGGAUAUCUGGUCCUUGGGCUGUACCGUCAUUGAAAUGGCCACAGGAAAGCCACCCUUCUUUGAACUGGGAGAGCCCCAGGCUGCCAUGUUUAAGGUGGGGAUGUUUAAGAUCCACCCAGAGAUUCCGGAGUCGAUGUCUCUGGAAGCAAAGACCUUUCUUCUGCACAGCUUUGAGCCUGAUCCUGAUAAGCGGGCCACAGCCUCACAGCUCCUCAAGGACGCGUUCCUGAACCGGAAGAGGAAACCGCCCCCAAAGCCGGGUGAAUUUUAUCACAGUCUGUCGGUCCCCACAACAGGGAACCUCAAGGAGGGGCCCGAGAUCCACCAACCCUUGGACUUCAGACUCAUCCAACCCGUACUCUCCCGAAGCUGCUCGAUCCCCGUGCUGCCCGUCAAGAGCGGCUCGCCGCAGCAGGAGUUCGUCAGUGUGCUUGAGGAACAGAUGGACGACAUCCCUUCCUCACCUGAAGAAAAUGCCUCCCUCUUCCUCUUGAAGAAGGAUAGUGAGUGCAGGGCCACGCUCUUCAAGAUACUGACAGAGGACUGUGAAACUGUGGUCUGGAACAUUCUAGAAGCUCUGGCUCAGAUCUCCAACUGUAAGUUUACACGUGAACACACCCAGCAUCUGGUCAUCUGCUUGAAGAACUACAUUCGCUCUGCGGACCGCAAGUCCAUCAUAAAAGCACUGUCCUGCCUGAAGGCAGAGCUGCGCCUUGACAAGAGAGCGCUCAACGAGAUCCAGAUUGUCCUCUUCACCUUCCAGGAUGCCAUGAGAAAAGUUCUUCGACAGCGCCAGAUUAGACCACACCUGAUGUUUGCCCUGGACAACAUUAUUCGCAAGGCCAUGCAGAUAACCUUUGCUGUUCUAAUCCCAGAGCUGAAGCUUCAGAUUGAGAGCUCAUUUGACCUGGAGACAGAUGAACGAGGCACAGCUGACUUUCCGUGCAACGGGAGUCUCAGUGACGUGGGGGAGACGGAGGCGAUGGAGCUCCAGAACGACGGCGCGGGGACCUCUGGCGUGAGCACUCUCAGUCGCUCAAUGUCGUACGAUUCCCAGCAGAACACCUGCCCUCGCGUCCUGCAGCUCAGCCGACUGAGGGCGGAAACAAACCGGCUUCUGGAAAACCUUGCGGAGAAAGAGUGCAAGUACCAACAACUACUGUCGCAACUUCUCCAUCAGAAAGACCACGUCAUCAGCCUGCUGCGAGAGGGGUCAGAAUCUGUGGGUGUCCAGUGCAGCUUCCAAUCAACACUUGCCAAUUCCAAAACUGAAGAACUCACAGAGUGGCUACUAACAACGCAAGUUGACCAACAGACAAUUGACAAGAUUAUAGCCAAUGGCUACACACUGCAGGAUCUUCUGAUCGACGUUACAAAGGAUGACUUGAAAUAUACCCAAAUAAGGGGUGGAAUGCUGUGCAGACUCUGGGCUGCCAUCAGUGCCCACAGGAUGAUGAAUGGGACACAGAAGGAACCAGAUGCCUGUUGAAAUGACCUGCUAAGCUGUUGGAAAGCAGACACUGUUCAAACGUAAUGGCACAGCGCAGAACGGACAGAAACACCAGCAAAAAAAAAAAUCUCGUGCUGCUGCAACGUAACAGUGGUGAACUGAUUAAAGGAUAGCUGCAGUCUGCAUCUCCAGUAACUUCAUCUCCAGCCGUUCACCUCCCAUCAUCAGGAAGUGUUUGUAUCUGGGAUUGUUUAAGUUUUAAAGUGUCAGAUGUGGAUCACAAGAUUGAAGGACAUGAUGUUCACAACUGACACAUGAUACAACUUCUGCUCCUGUCCAAUGCUCGUCAGGGUUCACGGCGGACUUGCUUGCGGAUGGGGGUGCAAUGGUUGACAUGACAAUCGACAAACCUUGUCACAAGACAGAUGCUUGCGGUCUGAGAAUAUUCACUGACAUCCAAAUCCCACACACACACACAAUCCAAGUCAUUCCACUAAAUAGAGGAUGGAGGAAAACUUUAUUUCUGUUUCAUUGGGGAAAAUCACUUCCUAAAUAUGUUUCAAGAUCUGAUUUCUAGCUUGCUUGCAUCAGAUGUCAGCUUCCCAGGUCAGAUUGGGUGCAUUCCUGAGGAUUUCACCAAAGGACGUACAGCCAGUGUGUGCAGUCAGGCUGCCUCUGUCAGCGUGAUCUGAGAUUAAUAAUUAAUAGAGAGCACAGCUCAACAAAAUUGAAAAGAUAGCCCCUGUUUGGUGAUCCUUUGUUCUUUGGCUGAGUUACACCCGCCAGUGUUUGGGAGAUUAAUUUUUAAUAAGUCGAAUCUUUUGGCAAACCUUGCACUGCUAUUUCUCAUGGGAGGAGAUGUUUCUAUAGAAGAAAAUUAUUUUUAGAAAAUAUAUAGAGUCAUGUAUAUAUAUGUG